AUGCCCGCCCUUGACACUGCAAGUGACAUCAAAAUACCAUGGAGAUCGUCUGGCUGGGCACGUUGCCAGCUUGUGGCUGCGUAUCCGAACGUGUGCUGUAGAGUCGACGCGCAACGCAACGCUCGCGUCCCCUUGCGUGGCGACUGUUUUGGCGUCCGUAUUGAUCGCAGUGUUUACGUGAUGUCUGAAGAAGCGCAAGUGUCAGCAGUCAAUACGUCGGAGGAUGCAGUUCAGAAAUCAACCCCACUCAAAGAGCAAGCAGAUCACGAAGCUGACACUGUUCCACCUAAGGAGUCGUCUGUUCCAAAUGGAGAUUUCAAUGGCCACCCAGAAGCUGCCGUAGAUAACCAUAAGCCGUCCGAUCCAGUUCCCGCUGCUGAGCCCACCGAGGAAGGCGCAGGCGAGAAACAGGAAAUACCUAUGGAUACCUCUGAACCUGCAGAAGCUGCUGAGGCGAAAGCUGCAGGUGAUGUUCCACCUCCUGAAAAUGAGAAAGCAGAAAGUGACACGGAAAAAUGGGAGGUCGUAGAUGAAGAAGAGAUAGCCAAGGCGAAGGAAGCCGAGGCCGCACAAGAAGCUCAACGGGCCGCACAAGAAGCCGAAUUAGCUGCACAGGAAGCUGAACGGGCUGCACAAGAAGCUCAACGGGCUGCGCAGGAAGCCGAGGAGGCUGCUCAAGAAGCUAAACGGGCUGCUGAAGAAGCUGAAAAGGAAAAAGUUGAAGAAGAGAAAGCAGCCGAAAAUGCUGAGAGUGAAGAGAAAGAGAAGGUUGAGAAAGCUGAGCCCGCGGUGACAACAAAAGAGGAUGAGCCAGCUAAGGAGGAGGAAAAAAUUUCUGAGGAGGAUAAAGAAACCCCGAACAAAGGUGUAGAGGAAAUGGAUACGUCGACUGGUGAGAAUGAAGCACCAAAAGAUGCCACUGCAGAGUCUGCCGCUCCCGCAACGCCGGGAAGAGGCAGAGGGCGAGGUCGUGGUCGUGGACGUGGUAGACCAGCUGGAGUAACUGCUGCUGCUAGUGCUCGUACUCCACGUAUGCCCCGUGUGACUGCUGGAGCAUCGGAAGACGCGCCGUCGUCGAUAGCGUCAUCACGUCCUCGACGUUCUACCUCUACACGAGUGGAUUAUGCUAACCCGGACACUUCCACUGUUCUUGCCGAAGUGGAUGACGAAAUUCCUGGGAAAUUGUUCCGCAGUGGACGUGGACGUGGUGGACGUGGAAGAGGUCGAGGUCGGGGAAAAAAGACUUCAGAUACUGAUAGCGACCAACCUGCAAGUGAUGACGACGAUGUGGAAUUCGGCACAAAGAAAAAGCGUGGUGCAGCUCGAGGCCGUGGUCGCGGGAGGGGUCGCGGUCGCGGUAGAGGAGCAGCUGUUUCCCAUAAGAAGCACGAAGACUCCGAAGAUGAUGAUGAUAAUGAGAUGGUUUUCGACGAUUCCAAAUCCGACGUUGAAGGAGCGGGGAGUGGGGAUGAGGUGAUGCCAACGAAGAAAAGAGGAGCAGGUGUCGAUCAUAACUUGCCACCCAAGAAAAGGGGCAGAGCUGCGGAUGAUUAA